AUGGCAGACUACAGGGACGACUCUGGGGCCCGGGCUCUCCUGGCGCUGCAGUCUGCUCCGUGCAGCCAGGUGCGAGUGCCCGUGACCUCUCGCUCCUUCCCACAGUCCUCUCUCUUCUUGGGCCCUCCGCUGAUGGAGGCCCGGGGGGACUCGGGGGUCCUACCGAUGCGCCUGGGCUCUCCUCUACUGCAGGCCCUGGCCAGACUGGAGGGCCGGGACUUUGAGUUUUUCAUGCGCCAAAAGACGGUCACCAUCGGUCGCAACUCGUCCCACGGCUCCGUUGACAUCAACAUGGGUCACUCCAGCUUCAUCUCCCGCAGACACCUGCAGCUCAUGUACGACCAGGCGAGCGGCUUCACUCUGCGCUGUCUGGGCAAAAACGGAGUGUUUGUGGAUGGUGUGUUCCAGCGCAGAGGGGCUCCCCCACUGCCUCUUCCCCGAGAGUGCGUGUUUCGCUUCCCCAGCACGGUGAUCAAGAUCCAGUUCAUGUCUCUGCUGGAGCCAGAGGAGCAGCGAGACCAGGAAGCCUCCCCUCCUCUGCGCCCUCUCCUGCCUCACAUCUCUCCCCUGAAGAUCAGCAUCCCCACAGCGCAGCAGCAUGAGGAGCACAUGCGGGCCUUCAGCUCUCCCUUGCCCUCGCCUACCGGCACCAUCAGUGUCCCCAAUUCGUGUCCGGCCAGCCCGCGGGGAGCCGGGUCGUCGGGUUAUCGCUAUGGCUGCAACAUUACAUCCGACCUGCAGCUGGCAGCAGAGUACGCAGCCCAGGCCGUGUGCGAGCAGAGGAGGAGCGCGGUGGAGCAGAGAGGAGGGGUGGCAGAGGCCAGGGGGGAGGCUGUGGGUGGGGACAGUCUCAGGGACGACUCCAAACCACCAUAUUCCUACGCACAGCUCAUCGUUCAGGCCAUUUCUUCUGCUCCAGACAAACAGCUGACUCUGAGUGGCAUCUACGCCCACAUAACGAAACAUUACCCAUACUACCGCACGGCAGAUAAAGGCUGGCAGAACUCCAUCCGACACAACCUGUCCCUGAACCGUUACUUUCUUAAGGUGGCCCGGUCCCAGGAUGAGCCGGGAAAAGGUAGCUUCUGGAGGGUGGACUCGGCGUCAGAAAGCAAGCUGGUGGAGCAGGCCUUCAGGAAGAGGCGACAGAGGGGGGUGGCAUGCUUCAGGACGCCAUUCGGACCCCUUUCGUCCAGGAGUGCCCCAGCGUCCCCAACACACCAGGGGCUGCUGUCUCCCCCCUCCAGCGGCCUGCAGACCCCAGAGUGUCUGAGCAGAGAGGGCUCCCCCAUCCCCCAUGACCACCACGAGCAGCUGGUCAACAAGCUGUCCUCUGUGCCCGAGUAUAGGUACUCUCAGAGUGCCCCAGGUUCCCCGGUGAGCAGCGGACAGGCAGUCAUCAUGGCUGCUCCUUCACACCCCUCAGGCCUGCUCUCGGCUCCAAGUAAAGGCCUGACUCUGUUCCCUGGGGCUCAACCCCCCGUCACCAUGGUCAGGGUGGUUUCUGCCAGCUCUGGGACCAUCCCCUCCAACGGCUACAGCUCCCCCCAAGGCCUGGACAGCUCUGAGCUCCGAGAGGCCCAGCUGAACAGAGAGCGGGUCAUCCAGACAGUGGACAGUGCAGUGCAGGGGCCCGAUGGCCGGAACUCUGUCCCUGGGCUACACCACCUUCCUGUGAGGCCGGUCACUCAGAAUGGGCGACACAGCAGCACCGUGAUGGCCUCGUCUGCAGCUGGCUUCAGCAACACCUCUGUGCUGAGCAGCCCUCUGCAGAUGCUAGCGGCCCAGGCCUCCAGCUCCCCACCUGUGCUUGUGAGCAGAGCGCCCCCCUCUGGAGACGAGCCACAGGUGAAGAGAGCCAAGAUGGAAGACGGCUUCAGGAGCGAGUCAGUCCUGCACCACCACGUCAUCUCUGCCCAGCAGCAGCCGGUCAUCGUUGCCAUGGCACCACAAAACCAUGAGAGCAGGAAGUGA